AUGUCUGAAACCUCGCAUAUACCCAAGGCCAUUCUCUACUACAACCCAUCGUCAAUAUGGUCUGCAUGCGGUGUAGAGGAGAAGGGCUAUGGAGAAGACGAACUAGAGCGCAAGAUUGUUGAUCUCGGCAAGGCCGAAAACCUGUCUUUAAGUUUCCUCAGAAUCAAUCCACAGGGAACUGUACCAACGCUUGUCGUGCCACUCGAAAAGACCCUCGCUCCCGACGACGACCAUCGAUACAAGGCGGUCACGGAUACGAAGUCUGUGCUGGAGUUCCUGGACAAAUCGCGCUCCGCAAUUUCUCGUACGCAUACAGUCUCCUCUGCUCCAGCUCCAGCGUUGGCACCUGCCACGAUUGCACUUUCCUCAACUGCAUCGGUGAUCAUCGACCUGCUGCAUUCGGACGAUGCGAGUCCUAAAAUCAGAGUCUUUAAUUACGCUUCUCAGUCAACAUUGAAGCGGACAGCGGAGACGCUCUUGCCUUUCUUCUCUGGAAGACGCGAUGCUAUCAGCUCUUACAUCACUGCGAGCCAGAACGCGCAGAUUCAGGCAUCGGAAAGGACACGAAAGCUUUGGGACAGCAAGAAAGUGGAGGCUGACUUCCUCGUGACGGUCUUCGGUGCUGCUGAUAAGGAGGACGCCGCACUUUCUCCAGAAGAGAAGGCUGCGCGUGAUGAAUACCGCGCGACUGCAAACGAUCGUUGGUCAGUCAAACUCAAGAAGGCGCUCGUAAGUCUGAACAAGGAGAUUACUGGCCCGUUCUCCUUGGGUGAUCAAGUAUCCAUAGUGGAUCUACACCUUGCCCCAUGGCUGGCACGCAUUGCGUUCCUCUGCGAUGGCCUCACAAGUGAUGAUGGUGAUACCAUUGUCGCGAAGAUCGAGACCCGUAUUGGAGGAGGUUUCACUUUACCUAAGGACUUCCAAUCCGUUGCAUCGCCCACACCUAACCAGGUUCCAGACCCGUCAUUAGAGAUAACGCCUGGCGCGAAGAGGGUGAAGCUUGCAGCAUUUUGGGAUGAGAUGAAGCAACGGUCGAGUUGGAAGAAAGUGUAUGGGGAAAGUCUGUUCUGAAUGAAAGGGAGAAAUGAAGUAAAAUGAAUCUUGUAAUAGUACGCAUCUCAAA